AUGUUCUACAUCAGUUUUGGUCCUGAGCAUGCUGGUGAACCCACCUUUGCCGCCCUUUUGGGAACACCUGUCUCAGGAAAACCCCCCACUCCAUUAGUACCCACCAUGGAUAUUAGUGGCAGUUUGUAUAUGUUUGUUCCUAUCCAUGUUCCUUUCUCCACUUAUACUCCUGCCUGCGCUCAAGCUCUUAUGCCUGUCCUUCAAGCUCCCCAGACCCCCUUGGUACACACACCCGCCACUAUUCCAUUUCCCACCCCUGUUCCCAUUCCUGCACCACUAUGCAUACCCAAGUCUAUGCCUAUGCCCAUACUUGAGUCUACGCUUACACCCAUGCCUGAGUCAGCACCUGCACCCAUGCCUGCUGUGCAUGUACGCAUUCCUGCAUCUACAAGUACGACCAUCCGCUGCACUGUACCAAUCAUACCAAAACACAACGGACUCUGUUCUACCAAUACUAAAAAAUUGUCUCCAUGGAUUGAGUCCCUUUCUGAUCAAGAAUUCAAAAAUGGAGUAAAAAACCACUGCUCAGGUGUUGUAAAGUUGAAUGAGCUAUCUGGAAAGCAUUAUUUGGGCAUGCCCCAAAAGCUCCAGUUUGAAGAUGAGUCAACAAAGCAAUAUAUGGAUGCUGUUGAUUGA